AGCCAAGAUGCCAAAAAUAGCACAGAUCGAGUACUUUCGUGUGCCUCCACGGUGGCUAUUUGUCAAAAUCACUGACGAUGCGGGGAAUAUUGGGUGGGGUGAGGCGUCUUUGGAAGGCCACACCCAGGCUGUAGAAGGAUGUCUGGAUGCUUACAUUGAGCGGUAUACCGGGAUGGAUGCUGAUGAUAUUGAGCAUAUUUGGCAGACUACAUGGCGAAUUGGGUUCUAUAGAGGUGGCCCAGUGUUUAUGAGUGCGUUGUCCGGAAUCGAUAUUGCGCUUUGGGAUCUGAAAGCCAGGAAACUGGGAGUACCCAUCUAUCAAUUGAUUGGUGGGAAAGUAAGGGAUAAGAUUAAAGUAUAUGCCUGGAUUGGAGGGGAUCGGCCAUCUGAUAUUACGGCUCAGGCUGAAGCAAGGAAAGCUCAGGGGUUCACCGCAGUCAAAAUGAACGGCACUGAAGAUCUGGGAUGGUUAGAUUCUCCUUCUGCCCUAGACGAUUGUGUCGAGAGACUCAAAGCAGUUAAGGCUGUUGGCAUGGAUGCGGGCAUUGAUUUCCACGGACGAGUUCACAAGCCCAUGGCCAAGCAGUUGGCAAAAGCACUUGAACCUCACCGUCCACUCUUCAUCGAAGAGCCUCUACUCUCGGAACACCCAGACGCGAUCAAAGCUUUAUCUCAGCUGACAUCUACGCCUAUUGCACUUGGAGAGCGUCUUCAUAGCCGAUGGGAUAUUCGCCCUUUUUUGGAAUCUGGAGCAGUUGAUAUUUUGCAACCAGACAUCAGUCACUGUGGAGGCAUCUCAGAGAUGCGACGAAUUGCAGCCAUGGCAGAGGCAUAUGAUGUUGCUAUGGCCCCUCAUUGCCCUCUUGGGCCAAUUGCACUUGCGGCAAACGUACAAGUAGCUGCCGCGACUCCGAACUUUGUGAUUCAGGAGAUGAGUUUGGGGAUUCAUUACAAUGCUGGGAGCCAAGACUUGACAAGUUACAGCCAUAACCCUGAGGUUUGGAAGGUGACAGGAGGCUAUAUUGAUCUGAUGAAAGGACCCGGACUUGGAAUAGAAAUUGACGAGGAACAAGUAAGGAGGUUGUCCAAAGGAGCCAAGGCUUGGGUCAGUCCGGGCUUCAUUGGACCAGGAGGUGAGGUAAGAGAGUGGUAAAACUCUUAGAGUGUGAUCAACCCAAUUCUAACAAUACUUUUGAC